CAUCACUUCCACCUGCAAUCCUAAUAUCUUACCUUUCCCACCACCGUCUCACCCCUGCCUUCCAUUUCUCUGGCCACUUCCUCCAUCCUUCGCCACUCUCGCCACUGUCCACCCCAUAUUUCAGACACAUUUAGGGCUUGUGAGACACCCAGGAAGGAUAAUGCGAACGCAACACAGCAGAGGAGCACCUUUUGGUCUCUGAGAUUUUGCCGCUACUAUUGUCCCGAAUCGAAAUGGCCUGUGCGGAACUUUGAGCCUAAAGAUGUACUAACACAUGGCAACCUCGAAUAGGGUACCGGUGGUUCGCGCUAAACACCCAUCAUAUUAGGGAAAUUACAAGCCAAGUUGAAUUUGGAUAUUGACAUGGAUAAGGAAGGAGACGAGCAAAAAACAAAAAAGAGAAAAGUGGUAGUUGCAAAUUAUAUGGUAACAGUAGCCACAUUAGUAGUUUGGUGGCAUGAGAAACAUAUAGUAAAGGAGCCUUACUUGGACUUUAAAGUAGCACGUGAAAUAUAUCUAAGGCGUCUUUACUAUGGAAACAAUAGAGUUUGUGUAGAGCAACUUAGACUCAAUAAACAUUGUUUUACUGUUUUAUGUACAAAUUUAAGAGAGCAUUGUGGGUUGAGGGAUACUAGAAAUAUUACUGUUGAAGAAGCAGUUGCAAUGUUUCUCUAUGUUCUUGCUCAUAACUUUAAGAAUCGCACUGUCAAUUUUAAUUUCAUAAGAUCAGGUGAGACAGUUAGUCGAUACUUUAAUAUAGUUCUAUGUGCUAUCAUAAAAUUGGGGAGACACUAUCUUAUCCAGCCUGAAACGGAAAUGGAAGGUUACGAGCAUGAAAAGUGGGAAUGGUUUCAGGAUUGUCUUGGAGCGUUAGACGGUACUUAUGUUAAAGUACAUGUUCUUCUUAGAGAUCAAGGAAGAUAUAGGAAUAGGAAGAAUGAGAUAGCAACAAAUGUUUUAGGUGUAUGCUCCCGUGACAUGAGAUUUACAUAUGUAUUGCCUGGAUGGGAAGGUUCUGCAGCAGAUAGUAGAGUUCUACGGGAUGCGUUAGUUAGAUCAGAUCCAUUAAUUGUUCCCAAGGGCAAGUACUUUCUUGUUGAUGCGGGUUAUGCAAAUAGCUCCGGUUUCUUAGCUCCAUAUAGGGGAGUUAGAUAUCAUCUUAGCGAGUGGUCUGCUAGUGGGAGGAAGCCUCAAAAUUUUAAAGAGUUAUUCAACCUUCGACAUUCAAUUGCUCGAAAUGUGAUUGAAAGGACAUUUGGUUUGUUCAAGAAGCGGUGGGCCAUUUUGAGAGAUGCAUCUUUUUUUGAUGUUAAGACUCAUGUCAUGAUAAUUAAUGCAUGUGCCAUCCUUCAUAAUCUUAUUCGAGUAGAACAACCAAAUGACCCUUACUUGGAUGAAGUUGAUGCUGAGAUGCGAAGAGUACAACAUGAGGUUGAUGAUGAAGAUGAAAUGGAAGAUGAAGAUGAGGAAAAUGGAAUGGAAGAUGAUGGUCCAAAUAAUGAUGGUGGUGUAAAUGCUGUUAACGAGAAUCGAAUUCGAACGGUACAACCAACUAGCGAGUGGACACAAUUUAGGAAUGCUUUAGCACGAGCAAUGUUUAUUGACUAUCAAAUUAGACAAGGCCAUCAUGGAAGUUGAAAUUUGAUAGGAAUUUAUUCGAACUUAAUUUAAUAUUAGAAUGGCCAUUUAUUGAAAAAUAGUAGCAAUGUAUAACUGUGCUUUUCUUUCUCUUUUUUUUUUGGCUAA